AUGAUUCACCAGCGUUGUUCGAGACAAAAGCUGCACUGGGCAAGCGAAUGUGCUCUCACUAUAAAAGCCCAAGAAAAAACACAAUCAAAUAAUACAAAUGCUUCUUCAAUAUUUGAUUUACAAACAGCCACCGAAUUACUCGAUCGUCUAUUGACAUUAUUGGGUACUGGAGAUUCAUUAGCAGUAAAAAGAUCAGCUGCUACACAAAUUGGUCAAGUGGUUAGCACAAAUCCAAAAGAAGUCGAACCUAUUCUUAAUAAACUUAAAAAAUAUGUUAUACAUUCAUCAUGGGAUGUUCGUAUUGCAUGUGGUCUAGCUGUUGAACUUAUUAGUAAAAAUAUAUCCAAUGAAUUUUUUGUUUUAUUCAAUGAAAAUUCACGAUAUGGUUUAAAAUUAAAUGCAUUUAAUUUUAAUCAUGUUAUUGCGAACAGUUCAAUAUUUUAUCUUGGUGCACGUAAAAUUGAAGAAAUAGGCGAUUAUGAUGGAAAUGUAUCCGUACAAAAAAAAUUUCUACGUAAAGAAUUUAAUUUUGGUUUACAAGAACGUUUAACUGGUACAGAUAUGCCAGUAGAAGAAAAUGAUUUUAAAAUUGAAUCAUUUAAUAGCAAUAAUUCAAAUGUUAAAUGCAUUUCAUCUGGUGAUUUACAACGAUUUCUAUUUGGUGAACAAUAUUCAAUUAAUGAAUCAUCAGAACCAACAUCUUCAAAACGAUUAAAAGUAUCGAGUUCUAAUGACGAAAAUGAAGAGAAUCGAUUAUCUUGGCCUUUAAAUAAUUUUUAUAAUUGGUUACUUGAACAAAUCUUUCAACCGUCAUGGGAAUAUCGACAUGGAUCAGUUACUAUUCUACGAGAUUUUCUCAAAGGACAACAAUUAUUAUCAAUUUCGAAUGAAUUUUAUUUUCAAUGGCUUGAAGAUUUAAGUGUUCGUUUAUUAACAUUAAUUAUUCUUGAUCGUUUUGCUGAUUAUGUUUCUGAUGAAACAAUUUUUUCGAAUACAAUUAUGAUUAGGUUUUAA